AGUAGCAGCAGUAAUAUUGGGAAGAAAAAUUGGUAGCGAGAAGUCAAAAUGGGUCUCGGCUUUAGGGUUCAUGUUCAACCACUCUUACUCUAAUCUUAGAAUUAGAAUUAGUCUCUCCUCAAGUUCGACUCACUCCCUGUGUGACUCGGAAUCGAAUCCAUUUCUCAUUUGAGAACCAUCGUUUCUGUGCCGUGGACGACUACAUGGACCAGGUUAGUUGUCAUUUUAAUUUACCUCGUUAUUUUGCUGCGUUAUCUCUGCACCUGAGCUCGUUAUGCUUUUUCUCAAUCUUCCAGUACGAGAAAGUUGAGAAGAUUGGUGAAGGAACCUAUGGCGUUGUCUAUAAGGCUCGAGACCGCAUCACCAAUGAAACGAUCGCUUUAAAGAAGAUUCGCUUGGAGCAGGAAGACGAGGGUGUACCUAGCACCGCAAUCAGAGAAAUUUCUCUCUUGAAAGAAAUGCAGCAUGGAAAUAUCGUUAGGUUGCAGGAUGUAGUGCAUAGUGAGAAGCGUCUAUAUUUGGUUUUUGAAUAUCUGGACUUGGAUUUGAAGAAGCACAUGGAUUCAUGCCCAGAAUUUGGGAAAGAUCCACGGAUGAUAAAAACAUUCCUUUAUCAAAUUCUCCGUGGCAUUGCUUAUUGUCAUUCUCAUAGGGUUCUUCACCGAGAUCUAAAACCACAAAAUUUGCUGAUAGAUCGCAGCACCAAUGCACUAAAGCUUGCUGAUUUUGGGUUGGCCCGAGCAUUUGGUAUUCCUGUCAGAACAUUUACACAUGAGGUGGUUACCCUCUGGUACAGAGCACCAGAAAUACUGCUUGGGUCCCGUCAUUACUCUACACCUGUUGAUGUGUGGUCAGUGGGCUGUAUAUUUGCUGAGAUGGUGAAUCAGCGGCCAUUAUUUCCUGGGGAUUCUGAGAUUGAUGAACUGUUCAAGAUCUUCAGAAUCUUGGGUACUCCAAAUGAGGAUAUAUGGCCUGGAGUGACUUCAUUGCCUGAUUUUAAGUCUGCUUUUCCAAAGUGGCCGCCUAAGGAUUUGGCAACUGUUGUUCCAAAUCUUGAAUCAGCUGGCAUUGACCUCCUUUCUAAAAUGCUGUGCAUGGAUCCCAGCAAAAGAAUUACAGCAAGAAGUGCACUUGAGCAUGAAUACUUCAAGGAUAUUGGGUUUGUACCCUGAUAAAGCCAUUUAUCCAUCUUCCUGAGAAGUGUCUAUAUUGAUGUUAGCAUCUUGUGGGUGUUGAUUGUGAGAAAUAUGUGUGGUCUAUUAUAAUUUUGUUUGUUUUUACUCAUUGCAAUUUUUGGUUGCCUCUUUCGAUUUCCAUGAACCAAAAUUGAGAUAAAAUGGAACUGGUUUUUUGCAGUUACCUUGGAAUUGUCUAGCAAUAGCAAGUAUCUGUCUUUUGUUUGCCUCA